AUGUAUAAACAAAUUUUAAUUUUAAUUUCAAUCAUCCUAACUAUAACAUACGGACAAAAAGUAAUCCAUUUCAAUACAGCAUCAGAUUGUUUCCAAGGAUGUGAUUUUAAUGAUGGAUCAGUAUGGAUUGGAGGAGUAUCACCAAACAAUAACAACUAUCAAUACAUUGCAUCGAUCGAUUACUCCAAGUCUAAAAACAAGUACUCUCAAAAGAUUGAUAGUUUUGUUAAUUUGCAACUUGGCGGUUUGAUCAUUAUUGGUAGUCCAGCCACCUCUGUCUAUUUCACCUUGUUUGCCGAUAGUGAUAUCAGUGGUUCCACUUUGAUUGGUGGUAAUGUCACUUUUACCGUUUCCGACGGUGGAGGUUUUGGUGCCGACAAUUUGACCCUUGCCAACCAAGCCACUCUCGCUCUCGAUUCAGACUGUAAUGCUUUGAUCAGUACUGGUGUCUUUGAAGCUGGUUCUCUCUACACUCAAGACAUUUUGGGUAGUUUUGACUCUCAACUCGGAUCCUCCUUUGAAGGUACCUUCCAAGUCGCCAAUCAAACCACCGUCUACUUGUAUGGUAAAAACUACAUUGGUGGUACUUUUAGUGUACUCGGUGAAACCAAGAUUGAAAAUGCCGAUAUCUACACUCAAGCCUAUUUCUAUGACCUCGAAGUCACCAGCCUCGUCCAAGUCACCCCCAACAGUGGUCUCUUUGUCACCUAUGACUUGAUUGCUCAAAACAUCUAUGUCGACAGUCAAGGUCUCCUCGCCACCAACCAAUACCAAACCUUCCCAGAAGAUGGUUCACCCAUCGUUGUCAAUGUCGGUUUCAUCUGGAAUAAUCAAGGUAGUACCGUCACUUUUGGUCAAGCCGAUGUCAUCACCAUCAAUCAAAUCAACUCUCUUGGUUCAGUUCAAUUCCUUGGUGACUCUGUUGUUACCGUUCAAUCUCAAUCAAACUUUACCCUCUUUUAUUUAAAUACUGUCAAUAACGCCGAUGGUACAACUGCCAUUUUCAACCUCAACAACACUUCCAUCGAAACCAUCGUACCAUACACUUCAUCAUCUGCUGAAACUUUGGUUCUCAUUAGUUAUACUGGUGAAAACAAUCAAUUGGGUUCUACUGGUAUUAAUUCAUUGGUCAAUACUACUGUUGUCGUCAAUCCCGACUCUGUCUUGACUCUUAACAAUUCUCAAGUUAGUUUUGCUCAAAAUUCCACCAUUUCUCUUUUACCAGUUUCAACUGUCAUUAUCGCUGGUUCACAAGUUACCGUUGAAAACAUUACCGUUGAAGAAGCUACCCUUAACGUUGCCGACAGUAAUUUAGAUGGUACCGUUUCCAUUGUUGAUGGAGGUCGUCUCCUUUUCAAUGUUUCCACAACCACCUCUUCAGUUUAUCUUUCUGGUGAAUCCAAAGCCUAUUUAGCCGCUCCAUUUACCAUUAAUGGUGGUCUCUACCUCGUAGACUCUUCAUCUGCCGAUAUUUACAUCGAUCAAUUGUCACUCAUCACUAGCACCGUUUCCGUUCAAAUCCAAGGUCUCAUUAGUCUCGACACAUACUCUCAAUUGACCGUCACCGUUCCAAAUGCCAACGACCUUGUCCUUGGAAAGACCUAUUACCUCGCACUCAGUCAUUCACCAAUCACCAUCGACGUCAACAAUCAAGUCACCCUUACCAACUCUCUCCCAAGUAAAAUCGUUCCACAAUUUGCUACCACUACUAUUGAUUAUGUCAAUUAUUUAACUCUUACAGUUAUUUAUAUUCAAAAUUAA